AUGGCGCUCUACAUGAGUGCCGCAGGAUUCACGACCAAGGACAAGAAUACAUCCUACAUCACCAAAGAGGAUGAGGGCAACCUCAUCGAGCAAAAAUUCAUCGACACGGACCUGGUCGAUGAGAUUUUCAUGACUAGCGGAGUGAAGCCUGACACUGCCGCCGUCUAUGUUGACAGAAAUGAUACGGUAGCCGAGUUCUCUUCCCUCGUUUAUGUCACCCAAACCAACGAUCUGGGUUGCAUUCAGCGUAUAUCUUCACCCGAUGACAACGACCCGGUCUGGGCCAAGGUGCCUCUCACUGACAUUGGCCGCGUGGCUAUCCACGGGGAGAGCCGCAUCGCGGGUGCCAACAGUGCCGAUGGUGCAUUGAUGUUUUUCCAGCAGCCAGACGGUUCUGUCCGGAGCAUCUUCUACGACGACGAGACGAAAGAAUGGAUGGAGAGCGACUGUGUCCCGGAAACAGCACAGGCAGCAUACCCAGGCACCACGCUGUGUGUCAUGGAGCUACAAGACGCGCUGGGAGUGUUCUACUUGACAAAAGAGCGUACCGUCAGCGGGCAGCUCCAAGACCACCGAACAGGCGAAUGGGCAGAAAGUGUCAUGGAUAACUCGUUCUUCGAGGGAGGCAUCAGCAGCUUCAUUGUCAUCCAAGACGGAGAAUCCACUACUCUGCGUGCCUAUGUCCGUGCCGCCGAUGUUCUCAUCCAUCUCGACGGCAGUGGAAAGAGAACGAAGCUGGGCAGAGUGUGGGCUUAUUAUUGGUAUUGUCUUUGCAAUUUUGGCGAUUUUCAUCGGCUCUGGGUUGUCUAA